AUGACAGCUGGUGUUAAAGUGGCUCCAUUAAUGGAGGAGGAGUCAAUGGCGACGAUGACACCAGAGGAGCGUGAAGAGUAUCUGAGAGAGAUGGAAGAGAAAUUUGGCAAACAAAAGAGAGAAAGAGGAGACAAUGUCAUCAGAGCCACUGGUGCUGGAGAAGCUGGUGCCUUCUACGUAUAUGGUACAGCAGAAAGACCUGAUCCUCAAUCCACAGUCACUGCUGUGGAAGAAGAAGCAAGGAAACGUGAGUGGGAGAGGAAACAAGCUGAGGAACGGGAAAGGAUACGACUUGAGCAGGAGAGAGAAGCAGAACGAGAGAGGAAAUUACAAGAAUGGAUUGAAAGCGAGAAGAGAAGGGUUGAGGCAAUUGAGCCGCAUGAAGCAGGCCCAGCCUAUACAGCUCCUGGAGGAACAACUGAAAGGGCAACUUUUACGAUGGAAAAGGUCGAGAAGGAAGAGCCAGAAUUUGUCAGCAUGGGUGUGGCUACCCCUGUGAGUGGCUUUCACACCAUCAAGAGGGCAGAAACGAGGGUAGCUGAUACUGAUACUUACAAGGGACGUGUCAAGAAGCUGCCACAGGAAGAGGUGGGUCCUGACCCCUCCACAAGGACAAACACAUGGGGUGGUGGAAAAAAGGAUAAUGUAUCCUACACCCGAACAUACACUAGUGCCACUUUACCGAACCGAGGAGCAAGAACAGGCUUUGAAAGCAACAUGACGUCUGGUGAGGACAGGAGACGUAGUGCCGAAGAUUUGUUGGAGAACAAUGGACAGGAGAGAGGUUCAAGACAAGGAAAAGUACCUCUGGUGAAUAAGGAUGAGCUAGUGAGGUACUACUCACCCGGUUCUGCCUUAAGUGACACUCUGCGAACUGACCCCGCUCAGCACGAGAUCAAGAGAUCACUGAAAGAGGAUCUCAACUUGGAGCACGAGCAAGGCGAGGGUGGCUUUGUUAGGGAGAGCAUCAGAAGAAACGAAGGCUUCAUUGCAAAACAGACCGUGCGGAACGACCUGGACAGUGCUCCACCCGAGAUCACCACCAAGACCAUGAUCAUCGAUAAUGACAGAGACCCGGCAGUGUAUCGUCAGAACAGAGCUCCCGAGGUAGAGACGCACGUGUUGUCAUUUGGAGGAAGCAGUGGACAGCCAGGAGUUAAACAAGGUACUCCCUAUCGCUUUAGUGACUUCACCCAGGAUGGUUCUCCUGAGCCAUAUUCACCACAUUCAAGACAUUACAAUGUGCCCAGCGUCACCACACAGAGAAUUGUGUAUGACCAAAAUGGACCUCCCGUUAGUCCACCUUCGAGUGGAACCCAAGAUGGCGGCACGGUGAUUACUCGUACCAUUAUGAUGGGUGGAGCAGAACCCACUAGAACAGAGACUAUUCGUCAGACCACCAUGCCCACUGAGAUCAUUCAGAAGACAAUCACCAUCGAAGGUGAUGGAAAUCAGCUGACUGCCGNGAGACACCCCUGUUGCUCUGUGUGUGAGCUUCGAAUAACUCAUUUACUCAAGAAAUGUCUCAUUCCUUUUCAGACUUACACAACCAAGGUUCAAGAAGUGAAGCAAACGAAAACAAUAACAGAAACCAUGAGGGUUGUGGAUGAUGACGGAAACAUCAUCAAAACUGGAGACCCUGACACUGAUGCUGCAAUUUUCGAGGCCAUCCAGCGAGCAAAGGAAGAGAACCCUAACGCUAAAAUCACCGAGGUCGUUAUAACCAGGACUGAUGAAGAAAGCAAUGCGUAAAGGUAAAAUGCACGGACCCCUUAUGGAACUGCAGUUGACUAAGCCGACGAGUACUAGAAGAACGCCGCUUCCCUAAAUUGUGACACGCUCGUUAAGGAUAUAUUAUAAAAGUUGAAGAUGUAAAAUGAGUGGUGUUGGAUUAUUGAAGAGCACAUUGUGGUACAGUUUUAAUUAAACCUAGUUAGUUCGAGAUGUUGAAAGGGAGUACAAUAUAAACCUUUGAAUGUUUUUUUAAGAGUAGUCCAGCUUUGUUAGGUAUUAUAUUAUUAAUGUGUUUUAAAUUUUAGGAAAAGGCACAACCGCACGUUGUUAUUUGGUAGUUAGCUCUUUAAGAUUGUUAACCUGAGGCCAGCUUGUUGUCAGAGCAACGGCUCAGCCAGUGAAAACUGUUUCAUUUGUGACGAAAUUUAGGCAAGAUUGUUUUCGUCAGAUACAAAUUGUUUUGAAAAGAGCCUGUCUUUACAAAAUUAUCCCAAAUCUUGAUAACUACCAGUUAUAUUUUCUUGUUCUAGUUUUCAUGGAUAUUUUU